AUGGGAAUUACUCACAACUGUAAUGAGGGAGGUGUUCUUCCAUACCGUACUUACCGGUUUCACAUGGGCGAUUUCUUGAUAAAUGAUGAAGAGUACACGAGGGACUAUAGAAUCAACAUCACAAAUGCAGGAUUUGAAGAUAAGCUGGUUAUGGAAAUAUUUCACAUGGAUGAUGGAUUUCGACGAUUUCCAGGAAGCUAUGUGACUGUUCGGAUAGCUAUGAAAUGA